UAUUGGGCGUAUGCGCCAAUAUUUCUCCCCAUGCCCCAAUAUAAAUUGACUUCUUGAUUUCAUAUAUGGUGGCCCAUUCUAUAUCACCUACAAAAAUUACUCCUACAAUGCAAAAACCAUGCCGUCCAAAAAUUAGUUACAAAACCGCUGAAAUAAACAAACAAAAAUAAAAUAAAAAUUCCAAUCCAACGGCUCCAAGAAAAUUUCCGGCAUAAAUGACGUAACAAAAUCACACGUGUCACAAUCUUAUCCUUUCUCCUUCCUUUUUUCGUGUUAUAUGAAAAAGAAAUAACUAUGAAUUUCAUUUUUGAGAUGAUCUCACAUUUUUAAUUUUCCCUAUCGAAUCCUCCAAGAGGGAGGAACAGAGGAGAGAGAAAGAGUGAGGAGAGAGAAAAUUUGAAAAUUAUCGAAACUUUGAUUUCCAUUUUUUUUUAUUUUAGGGUUCAUAAUCCGAUCCAGUGAGUGGAGUUUUUACUAAUCGGAGAUUUCGCCGGAAAAUUCUUGAUUACAAUUUGUUUGAUUUGAUUGAAAAUUAGUUGCAUUUGGAAGAUUGAAGAAGUAUUUCGAUAAAAAUGGUGAAUUCUAUGGUGGAAAGAGCAACGUCCCAUAUGUUGAUCGGACCUGAUUGGGCUAUGAACAUCGAGAUCUGUGAUAUGCUUAAUCAGGAUCCUGGGCAAGCUAAGGAUGUUGUGAAGGGCAUAAAGAGGCGUAUUGGGAGCAGGAACUCAAAGGUUCAGCUUCUUGCUCUAACGCUGCUGGAGACAAUUGUAAAGAACUGUGGGGAUAUCGUACAUAUGCAUGUAGCAGAGAAAGAUCUACCUCACGAGAUGGUGAAAAUUACUAAAAAGAAGCCUGAUUUUCAUGUCAAGGAGAAGAUAUUGAUUCUUAUAGAUACUUGGCAAGAAGCUUUUGGUGGACCCAGAGCACGAUACCCGCAGUAUUAUGCUGCUUACCAGGAGUUAUUGCGUGCAGGUGCAGUUUUUCCUCAGAGAACAGAAAGGUCGGCUCCUGUAUUUACACCGCCACAAACACAGCCUUUGUCUAAUUAUCCUUCAAAUGUGCUCAAUUCAGAGCAGCGUCCAGAGUCAGCAGAGGCUUCUGCAGAGACUGAGUUUCCCACCUUAAGCUUGUCAGAAAUGCAGAACGCACGAGGGAUUAUGGGUGUCUUGUCUGAAUUGCUAAGUGCAAUUGAUCCAUCUAACAAAGAGGGCCUUAGACAGGAGGUAAUCGUUGAUUUGGUAGAACAAUGCCGAACAUACAAGCAAAGAGUUGUGCAUUUAGUUAAUUCAACUUCGGAUGAAUCACUGCUUUGCCAAGGCCUGGCUUUGAAUGAUGACUUGCAGAGAGUACUUGCAAAGCAUGAAGCUAUUUCUUCAGGAAUAAAAGUGCCGCAAGAGAACUCGAAACCUGAAUCUAGUAAAGGGCUUGUAGAUGUUGACGCUCCUUUGGUUGAUACAGGAGAGAGCAGCAAACAAACUGAUGGAAGCUCUGCUUCAGGUGCAACUCCUCCAGCUCCCCAAGCAAAUGGCUCUGCAGCUACAACAGACAAAGCAUUGUCCAAAAUUGACCUCCUGAGUGGUGAUCUUUUAGGUGAUGAUUUUAGUACUCCAACUGCACAGGACUCGUUGGCUCUAGUUCCGGUGUCUGCACCUCCACCUUCAAGUCCUAUUCCUUCUGAGCAUAAUGCUUUAGCUCUUGUCGACAUGUUUUCGAUGGACAACACUCCAGAAUCCUCAAAUUCUCAGCAUGCCUUUUCUGGUGGACAAGGUCAGCCAUAUCCUUUGGGCCCAGAACAUCCACAGCAGCAUAAUUUUCAACCAGGGCAACCAACACCAUAUGCAAAUGGAAUGGCUCCAGGUAUGGGGCCGCCUCAGUAUGAACAGGCAGGAUAUUCGCAACCUGCAGGAGCUUCCUGGAAUCCGCAAGUUGCUCAGCAGCAGCCACAGCCUGCAUCACCUGUCUAUGGUUCUCAGAAUGGAGGGUCAUUGCCACCACCACCAUGGGAGUCUCAGCCUGCUGAUACAGCCCAGCCAUUCACUCCUCAAUAUUCUUCUUCAAUGCAAGCCUCGCCGGUAGCUGGCCAACAACCACCAAAUUUCCAGGGUGGUGUGCAUCCGUUUGCACCUCAACCUCCUGGAAAUGAUCAAGCUGUAGGAAUGUACCAACCGCACAUGGCAGGCGGUCAUAUGCCAGGAAUGAAUGUGCAACCUGUGAUGAACCAAAUGCCAGGCAUGUUCCCUCAGCCUUAUCAGGGAGGACAGAUGAUGGGUAUGGUUCCUCAGGCAAUGCCAGUUCCUCAGAUGAACUCUAUGUAUCCAGCUCAAAUGUAUGGAAAUCAAAUGGCAGCUUACGGCUAUGGUUAUGCACAGCAGCCUGAUGCUCAAUAUCUUGAUCAGAGAAUGUACGGUUUGUCUAUGAGAGAUGACAGUUCUCUGAAGAAUGCUUCCAACCAGAAUUCGAUGGCUUCUUACUUACCUCCUAUGAGGCAGAAACCUAAGGGAGACGAUAAGUUGUUUGGAGAUCUGGUUGAUAUGGCAAAAUCGAAGCCAGGAGGAAAAGCCGCCCCUAGUAGGACCGGGAGUGUGUGAUAUCAUGGCUUGUUAUUGCAUUAUAAUCUAGAUGUAUUUGGAAUAUUAGCUUGCUUUGCUAACUUACUCACUUUGGUUCAUUUAUUUUCCACCCCCUUUUUUUUUCUUUUUUCCGGGGAGAUUUUCUGCCUUCCUCAACUGAAAAAUUCUAGUAUUCAAGUAUAUACGUCUUUUUUGCCAUUUCACCCAAGUUUGAGCGUAUCUCUAUGUGGGCAUUGAAUUUGAUGUACAUCACCUUAUAGUCAGGUUGAAUUGAUUUGGAGAACUCUUCUUCCCUUUUUCUCUUAAAAUAAAUUCUUGUAGUCACAUUAUUCACAUUUUGCUUGUAAUGAAAGCACUAGGUGAUUGUUUAAUACGUUUAUUUUUUAUUUUUA